AUGGUAUGGAGACGGAAUGGUGGCCUCGACGCCCUAGUUCGCCGACCAGUACCUACCAGGUGGAAUCGGUUCAUUACUUCUCCUAUAUCUUUCCUUGCAAGCCUCAUUUACGAAUGGAGAUCCUCGAUUCCUACCCGAUCAAUAGCCACCAUAUCAGAUAAAGCCAUCACUGUCGUGUGCAUCUCUGACACCCAUAUGACUAGACCGCAUAUACCAGAUGGCGAUAUUCUGUUACACUCCGGGGAUCUCACCCAGUCUGGCUCACAAGACGAGCUCCAGCAAGCUCUUGACUGGCUGAAUACAUUACCACAUCAGCACAAGGUUAUAGUAGCUGGAAACCAUGAUUGGUGUCUUGACCCCUCACUCAAAACGAGCAAGACACUUUCGCAUUCAGGGGCGCCGCAGAAGUUCAUCGAUUGGGGAAACAUUAUUUAUCUCCAGAACACUAGCGCUACCCUGGACUGCUGUGGGCGCAAUAUAAACAUCUUUGGGAGCCCUGUCAGUCCCAAACAUGGAAACUGGGCUUUUCAGUACCCGCGGAAGGAGAAUGUAUGGGAGGGCAUUAUACCUCCAAACACCGAUAUUCUGCUAACUCACACGCCUCCACACUCGCACCUAGAUCUUUCCUUUGGCUGCAAAUUCCUCCUUCAGGAAUUAUGGAGAUUAAAACACCGAUCAAUUCUUCAUGUUUUUGGUCAUAUACAUGGGGGCUACGGUCAGCAUAUGGCAUAUUUUGACAAGUUCCAAUCGAUAUAUGAGAGUAUCAUCAAAGGAGAUGCAAGCAUUAUCAGCUUGUUGUUUUUAAUAUAUGAAGCUAUGAAAGUUUUACUCUGGAGAGCUCCAACUCAAGGCAUCUGGAUGGUGAAUGCUUCUGUG